CCAAAAUUUCUCUCUAAAACUCCAUAACCAUAGCGACCAAAAUUUCUCUCUCUAAAACUCCAUUAACAAUGUUUGAGAGCUUAAAAACUGAUGAACUUCAAAUGAAUGAACAAAUCGGUCAGGGAAGAUUCGGUACGGUCUACCGUUGUUUUUCCAAAUCAACUGAUCAAUUUUUCGCCUGCAAAACAAUUCAAAAGAACCUCCUCAUUGAUUCUACGGACCGCCAAUGUCUCGAUAAAGAGCCCAAAAUUCUGCAAUUACUCACCGGAAAAUCGAACAUUCUUCAAAUGUAUAAAGUUUAUGAAGAUGAAAAUUAUGUUCAUAUAGUCACUGAGCUCUGUUCCGGCGGCGAUUUAUACAAGAGGGUUUCUAAUGGGCCUUUGUCGGAGAAAUCUGCUUCUCUGAUUUUGAUCCGAUUGGUUUCAGCAAUCGGACAUUGUCAUAAAUUGGGGGUGGCUCAUCGUGAUAUUAAACCCGAUAAUGUCCUAUUUGAUUCUCAGGAUGAUUUGAAGCUUGCUGAUUUUGGAUCUGCAGAGUGGUUUAUGGGGUGCGACGGAAAAAUGAUGGAAGGCGUGGUGGGGACGCCUUACUACGUUGCCCCGGAGGUGUUAUUAGGGAGAAAAUACAAUGAGAAAGUUGAUAUAUGGAGUGCUGGUGUUAUUUUAUACAUUAUGCUUUCUGGUGUUCCUCCUUUUUAUGGUGACACUCCAACUGAGACAUUUGAAGCUGUUCUUAGGGGAAAUUUAAGGUUUCCAACAAGAAUAUUCCGAUCGAUUUCAACUGAAGCUAAGGAUUUGCUGAGGAAAAUGAUAUGUAAAGAUGUUUCCAGGAGAUUUUCAGCUGAACAAGUUCUGAGUUACAAGCUCGGAUUGUCUUGAUCAUCCUCUCACAUUUUCGUCCGAAACUUUGCUUCUGGAGUUCGAGAGGUAGUUGUUGUCAUCACAACAGACAUCACUUACUCUUUAUUAUGCCCUUGAUCUACUUAAUAUAUAAAAACAUUCAGACUUGUAUUUCUUUUGAAUCAAUUGUACUACUUAGAGACUUGUACAUGUGACACCAUAUUUUAGAAAAGAUUGUGUUAUGUUAUGAGUUUUGCAUGCUUAUGUUAUGUUUAGUACAUAAUUUCAUUCUUACUUCCGCUUUUACCUUGUCGAGGGUUGGUUAGACUGACAUGUCUUGGUGGAAUGAGAUAGGUACCAUCACGUCCGAUUUUUGGGUUGUGACAUAAGCAUUUCCAAUUUUUCUGUACAACGGUGUUGCGCACUUCAACUAUUUCAUCAAAUACUUCUACCUCCCACCAACACAAAUAUAUGGUAACUCUGCACACCAAGACAUGGAAAGAUAUCAUCAGCAUUAUUUGUCUUUUCAAGAUUUGGACCUUUAUCUUCUAUGAUUUUCAACCGCUUCAUUGGCCACUAAGUCACAAUCUUGAAAAUUUGUGUAGAUCGAGGAAACCCCAUCCAAUAGAUAGACAGGCCGGCUAUCGGUGGAGAUCCUUCUCUACUUGUCCAACUGUUUUUUCUCAAAGUAAAUUAUCAACAAUGCUUGAGAACAUGAAAAGAACAUCAGAUAUUCUAACAUUAGUUAGAUUUUAACAAUCAUAUACAUACACUUUACAAAGAAUUACACUCAAAUCUUUCUAAAAUAAGAAACUGUGAAAUCCAGAAGAAGAAAAAAACUAACAUAUUCUACACAUUAGUGUCAAAAAGAAUUGCCAAUGCAAGAAAAAGAGCUUGAAUUAGUUGUGGCUGAUACCUGAAUAUGCCACAAUCA